UCACGUGUCAAUGGACUCUAGCUAGCUCCAUGCGGAAACUGUCUGCAACAAUUUGUACGGUCGGCGUUUCCCCCAAAAAUUAUCCCUUUUGUUAGCCACAUGAAAGGCUAGGUAGCUUGGAAGAGAUUGUCCUGAGCGUAGUUCGACAGCGAUUCAUCGGUUUAUCUGCAAAGCUGGACAAAAAUGCUGUCUAAAAGGGAUGUUUUGGCGGUUGUUUUUGUGAUGGUGCUGGGACCGUGGUCCACCGUCGUCCUUGCCAACUCUGCCCGGUCACCAACCGGCGGGGGAAGUCGUGGUGACACGGCGGGUAUCAUCCAGGCCUUUGUGAUUCCACACAGUCAUAUGGAUGUUGGCUGGAUCUAUACAGUGCAGGAGAGUGUGGAAGCCUAUGCAAUGGACGUCUACACCACUGUAGUCGCAAACCUUGCCAAGGACAGGAAUCGUCGAUUCAUUGCAGUGGAGCAAGAGUUCUUCAGGCUCUGGUGGACCACGGUUGCCAGUGACAUGCAGAAGAAACAAACACAUCUACUGGUACAGUAUGGCCAACUGGAGUUUAUUAUAGGAGGUCAGGUCAUGCAUGAUGAGGCAGUGUCAGAGUAUAGCGCCACCAUACAACAAAUGACAGAGGGGCAUUCUUUCAUCUACGAGACCUUUGGAAAGCGCCCUCACUUCAGCUGGCACGUGGACCCCUUCGGAGCGUCAUCGGCAACCCCGACACUCUUCGCACUGAUGGGAUUCGACGCGCACCUCACCUCUCGCAUCGACUACGACGUCAAAGCGCAGAUGCAGAAAGACAAAGGUCUGCAGUUUGUGUGGCGGGCGUCGCCCUCUCUGGGCAAGAGCCAGCAGAUCUUCACCCAUGUCAUGGACCAGUACAGCUACUGUGUGCCUCCACACCUGUCCUUCUCCCUAAAGACUGGCUUCUAUUGGAACGGUUAUGCCGUGUUCCCCAAGCCACCAGCAGGUGUACCGUAUCCAGACAUGAGCCUACCAGUCACAGAUCAAAACAUCAAGCAGUAUGCUGCCACCAUGGUUGAUAACAUCAAGCAACGAGCAGCCUGGUUCCAGACUCAACAACUCCUCUGGCCGUGGGGCUGCGACAAACAGUUCUUCAAUGCAACCAUCCAGUUCCUGAAUAUGGACAAACUAGUGGCCUAUAUCAAUCAACACUCUACGGAUCUAGGAGUGCACGUCCAGUAUGCUACAUUGGGGGACUACUUCACAGCUGUCCAUAACACUAGCCACAGCUGGGCACUAAAGCAGGAUGGAGACUUUCUCUCAUAUUCGUCAGAUGCCGAUGCAGCAUGGACGGGGUUCUACACCUCCCGUAGCGGUCUGAAGGAUAUCGCUCGCCGGUCCCAGUCCACCCUUCACGCAGCGGAGACCCUCUUUAGUGUGUAUCUCAACCAGCCCAAUCUCAACCGCACCGCCAACACCACCGAAGUACUGGGGAGUCUUCAGGCACUGCGCUGGGCGUCUGCAGAGGUUCAGCAUCACGACGGAAUCACAGGCACUGAUAGCGUCAAAGUGAAGGCCAUGUACGAAGACCAUCUAGAGACUGCUGAGAACAUGACCCUUGCCUCCAUGAAGGAAAUGUUACAAGACUUCCAUAACAACAGCCAGGAGGGAGAGAAAAAAGACGUCUUUACUUCUGUUGGUCGUGGACACAUCUUAGAUGUCAGCCGUGACAAGCCUCUGACUCCGAUCCUGGUCUACAACUCGCUGGGCUGGUCCGUCAAAAGACUGGUUCAGAUGAGCAUCACGGACCCUAACGUCACAGUCAUCGAUAUCCAUGGCAGGGACAUAGGCAGCCAGGUCAACCCUCCUCUAGAGCCCGGCGGACCCUACCAUCUCUUCUUCUACGCCCAACUUGCCCCGCUGAACUUUGAUGUGUACUACAUCAAGAACAAGAUCCAACCAGAGGACGCCACAUCCCCGCAAGGGAAACUGGAAAGCCUAGGCACUGUUGUCAGGAGCAGAACGCCCUCACAGGACAAAAAACGCAAGUUGAAGGACACAGACGUUAAGAGCAUUAGUAACGAUUGUUUUGAGGUGGCGUACAAUACCACCACAAACAUGCUGAUGAGCAUCCUUGACAAGCAAACUAACAAGACUGUAUCGAUGGAGCAGAUCUUCAUGGAAUAUAACUCCCAUCACAACGUCCUGUAUGGGCAGACUUCCAACUUGUACGUGUUCAGACCUUGGAGUAAUGGUCCACAAAACGCUGGAGAUUCAGCAAAGCUGGAUAUUGUCACUGGACCAUAUGUGAACGAAACCAGGCAGUCCAUAUUCAACAGUAUGUACGAUCCCAAGAGCAGUCGCUAUAUGGUCACCCUACGAAUCUUCGACCUGCCCCACAGCCACAACGAUGACAUCGUCUGUGGUCACAUUGAGCUGGACUUCAAAGUUGGGCCACUAACACCCAACAAGGAGCUAGUCUACAGGUUUUCAACUAACCUGAACAAUUCCAGAGUUCUGUACACCAACGACAAUGGCUUCCAGACCAUGAAACGUACUUGGAGGCCCAACAAGCCACAGCCUGAAGCCCAAAACUACUACCCCCUGGUCAGCACAGCUUAUAUUGAGUCACCAACAAAGGAUACCCGCCUUACAGUCAUGGCCGAGAGGAGCCAUGGGGUAGGCAGCUUGAACAACGGACAAAUGGAGGUGAUGCUACUGCGUCGACUUAUCACCAACUCUGGCUACGCGGACAAAAACAACCUGACGUUGGAAGAGCCGGAUGUCGUCAUGCCAACCCUCUGGCUGUUGCUUGGCAACGGCACACACUCCAGUGAGUUGCAGCGUCGUGCCUGGCUACAGCUCGAGAAUCCACCAAUCAUUAUGGCCGUCAAUCAGAGCAUGGGGGCGUGGGCAAAGAAGUGGAAGGGUGACAAAUCAGGGAAUAUCCCGAAGUCCGCUGAGUUUCUGCGUCAAUGGAAGGAGAAGUAUCUCCCCAACCCCUUGUCGACAGUCUUCAAGGACCUUCCCCACAACGUCCACCUUCUGACCCUGAAGACUCCUGGCUGGACUUACAACACGUCUCACAAGGAGCACGAGAAGAAGCUGCGAGCAAGACUGCGACAGGGACGGUAUGAUGGAAGUGGGGAAACCCCCAAUCUAGAUCGCAUUCUGCUUCGUCUCCAGCAUCUGUACGAGGUUGGAGAACACAAGAGUCUCUCCCAGCCGGUGACUAUUGACCUUGCAAAAUAUCUGUUUCCAUUUGGCACUGUAGCCAAUGUCAGUGAACGCAGUCUAACAGCCAUUUGGCCGGCUGAUAAGGUCAAACGCUGGACUUGGAAGGUCAAAGGGGGCCCCAAAACUGGCCAAAAGUCCUCUGCAACCGGAUCAGCGCCCACUUGGAGCAAGUCACCAACCAGCAUCACUCUGCAUGCCCAAGAAAUCAAGACUUUCUUCAUCACUUUCCAGAAGAAAAAUCCUUGAGGUAUUUAUUUCUGGGUUUUGUUUUUUAUGUACGUACUAACUGGUUCACCAUGAUUAGUGUGCACCUUUUGUUUUUUUAUUUGGAUUUUACCCGCACAUUGGAAUUAUGUACCUAUACCACACAAAAAAAUCGGUCUGGUGACGUGGGAUGUUUAACAAUAAAAAUAUUUUGAGUUGGUAUUCUUGCCUUUUGUGGUGUCAGGGCGUAGGGAAAUCAGUUAGAUUUUACAAAGGAAGUUUUGACAGUUUAUACAGGGUGAGUAAAAAAAACACGAAACCCAAAUGUCGGGACAGAACUUUAAAACAGUGCUUGUGUUUAAAAGUCCGUAACUUGAAAAGUACAUGAGUGAUUAGAAUGAUUCUUGUACUAAAAGAAAGCUUAUGAAUUGAGCUUUCAUAUCCUGGAUUUUGAAAGUGCUACAUUCAGAACUUCAGUUCAACAAUGGUCCCCACAUCUGAGUUUCGUUUGUUUUACUCACCCUGUAGAUAUAAUUAGUGUAGUAGAAUAUGUGUGAUUAUAUACACAUAGUCGCUUGUAAAUUUGAGCCUCCAAAUGGACAUUCUUAAAAAGAAAUUUGAAGUCCAUUAAAAACAAAAUGAAAAAUUAAACAUGAAAUGUUUUUCCUGCUGAAAUUAGUGGCGUUAGCAUCAUGCAGUUGCAUAAACAGACAGUGUCAUACAAUUACAAGUCUCAUUAAAGAAUCUGCAAGAUAAACAAUAUUCAUAAGAAAAGUUGAUAGUUGAAAGUGAAGAUAGUCAUAUAAAUAACUAAGUUUUGUGUAAGACUUUGUUACUUUACAGUCUCCUAGUUGAAAUUUUGUUCUGUGUCUUAUUUAUAGAUACAGACUAAAAUAUGAAAUAUCAGAAUCUUAGCAACAUUAUGCUUCCGACAAAAUCAAUUUUAUACAUUUUUGUUUCCAUAAAAUGUUGCAUAAAGGGUAGCGCAUACUUAAGGCGAAGGUGAAUGCAAACAUGCAUGUGUGACAUCAUGGCAACUUUUCGUGCUACAAAUUCGCAUAAAUUGAACACAUUUUAUCUCUGGUGAAUUUUGCAUUCAAUGUUUCCUGACGUCAAUUUUGCUUUGUAUUCACAUGUCUGUAGAGUAUGAAGCAACCAUUUUUCAAGUUUUUUCGCCAUUUUAAUAGCUACUAUUUAUGCAAAACACAUAUAUAUUUAACAAUAUUUAUUUUGGCAGCAUGUGAAAUGUCCACCAGAGAAAUAAGCCUAUUGUAUUGUUGCCUAUAUGUUCCAAGAACAGUAAAAGUUGUCAGUAGUUGGAAAUCAAUAGUUCAUAAAAAUGCUCCUUGUUUACACCGUAAAUUCUAUUAUAUAAUAAGCUUGAACAUUUCAAUAUUACUUACGUGUAGUUGGUGAUAUAAAUCAACAGAAGUACACAGUAUACUAAGUAUACAAAAGUGUUCUCUUUAUAAAUUGUAAACCAAGUGUUUGUUAAAAAUAAAGUAAAGUUCUUCAGGUGUGUCCCUCCUUUUAUUUUCCAAACUUCUUCCUUAAGUUAAUCAUGUAAAAUAAUUGUGCAUUCAGUGUGGUCCAUAUCAGAUCUGAGAAUGGAACAACUGGUUAUGUGUAACUUUGUUAGAAAAAAAGGAAAACUGUAUCAGCAAACUAGAGCCUUUGAAGCAUGUUGUUUGUAUUGUUUCUGCUCUUGUGACAAAAUCAGUUUUAAUAAAAUACAUAUUAUGGCCAUGUGGACACUGACCUGUUUCAUCAAUGACCAUUCAAAAAGUAUUUGUUCAAUUUUGAAAAAGCGCUUAAAUAAAAAUACUGAAAAUGCCACAUUGA